AUGCAUCGGCUACUCGUCUUCGCUGCGACCGCGAGUGCCGCAAAGCAGCAACGGUGCGGCUGCGCGGUCAUCGGCGCCAACGCGUCGCUGGCGGCCAACCCGGCGUGCCCGGAGCGCUUCCGCGGCCACGACGCGCUGGACGCCGGCACGGCGGAACUCACGGUCGCCUAUUUGUACUACCGCGACGUCGCCUACGCGGCGCGGCACGUGGCCGCGUGGAACGCCUACGACGACGCGCUGCUCGCGAAACUGCUCUUCCUCAUCGUCGACGACGGCUCGCCGCGCGACGCCGCGGCGGACGUCUUCGGGGCGCUCGCGCCGCGCGGCCGCGUCGUCGUCGUCCGCAUCGCCGAAGACCUGGCGUGGAACGUCGGCGGCGCGAGGAAUUUGGCGUUUCACGUCGCGCCGACGUCGCACGUGCUCGCCGUCGACUCGGACCAGAAGCUCUCGCCCGCGCUCUUGGACUGGGCGCUCGCCCACAGACCGGCCGGCUGCGCGGUCCUGCGCGGCUUCCCCCGCGUCCUCGAGUCGUCGGGCCGCAAGCAUCGGCGCGUGCACCCGGGCGUCGUCCUCGAGUCGCGGCGGACCUACUGGACCGCGGGCGGCUGCGACGAGGACUUGGUCGGCCACUACGGCUUCACGGACCUCGCCCACUACGGGCGCGUCGAGAAGGCCGCGGGCUGCGCGCUCGAGGCCGCGGCGUCGGCGCCGCCGCUCGUCUACAUGGACGAGCCCCGCGAGAAGGCGGCCUUCUUCUCGCGGUCGACGCGCCGGAACCGCGGCGUCCUCGACGCGAAGCUCGCCGGCGACGCGGCCUGGUCCGCGGACUACCUGCGCUUCUCCUGGGACUUCGUAAGGCUGUCGUGA